GUAGACAUAUUCUUUGAUGUAGAGACUCGCUCACAGAAUGUUCACACCGUGGAUUGGUUUAGCAUGCUCUGUUGGGUUGAAAGCUGCUCGACAGGUCUGACGACGAAAUACUACCCGGAAAAGAGCCGUGGCGUGGAUUAGACAACAGAGCGAGAGAUGGGAGAUUCACUGAAUAUAAUGUUUUAAGGGAUAUUACACGUCAAACAUUAAUAUAAUUUUGCACUGUUAGUUUAUCAGGAUGUCGGCGUCUGCUAUUUUCAUCCUGGACCUUAAAGGCAAGGUGUUGAUAAGUCGUAACUAUAUGGGGAACAUGGACAUGAAUGAGGUCGACCACUUCAUGCCCAUCAUGAUGAGGAUGGAGGAGGACGCAGACACAUCGCCCCUGGUGACACACGGCUCCUCCCACUUCCUGUGGAUCAAACACAGAAACCUCUACCUGGUGGCAAUGACCAAAAAGAAUGCCAAUGCAGCACUGGUGUACUCCUUCCUCUACAAAAUAGUGGAGGUGUUUAAGGAGUACUUUAAGGAGCUGGAGGAGGAGAGCAUCCGUGACAACUUUGUGACUGUGUAUGAGCUGAUGGACGAGGUCAUGGACUUUGGCUUCCCUCAGACCACAGACAGCAAGAUCCUGCAAGAGUACAUCACCCAACAGGGUCACAAACUGGAUGUGGGCGCCCCUCGCCCCCCCGCCACCGUCACCAACGCUGUGUCCUGGAGGUCGGAGGGCAUCAAGUACAGGAAGAACGAGGUGUUCAUGGACGUCAUCGAGUCCGUCAACCUGCUGGUGAGUGCUACCGGCAGUGUCCUGCGUAGUGAGAUCGUGGGCAGCAUCAAGCUCAAGGUGGUCCUGUCUGGGAUGCCUGAACUCAGACUGGGCCUCAACGACAAAGUGCUCUUCGAAAUCACAGGACGAGAGAAAAGUAAGACGGUAGAGCUGGAGGAUGUCAAGUUCCAUCAAUGUGUCCGUCUGUCCCGCUUCGAGAACGACCGCACCAUCUCCUUCAUCCCCCCCGACGGAGAGUCCGAGCUCAUGUCUUACCGCCUCAACACCACGGCGAAGCCUCUGAUAUGGAUUGAGAGUGUGAUUGAGAAGUUCUCCCACAGCCGAGUGGAGAUCAAGGUUAAGGCCAGGAGUCAGUUUAAGAGUCGCUCCACUGCCAACAAUGUGGCCAUCAUGGUACCUGUGCCCAGCGAUGCCGACUCGCCCAAAUUCAAGACGAGCACAGGCAGCUGCCAGUAUCUUCCUGAGAAGAGUGUGGUGCAGUGGAACAUCAAGUCCUUCCCUGGGGGAAAGGAGUACAUGAUGAGGGCUCACUUUGGUCUGCCUAGUGUGGAGAGUACUGAGUUGGAGGGGAGAAGGCCCAUCACUGUCAACUUUGAGAUCCCCUAUUUCACUGUAUCUGGUAUCCAGGUACGCUAUCUGAAGAUCAUUGAGAAAAGCGGCUAUCAGGCCUUACCAUGGGUACGCUACAUAACACAGAGUGGAGAUUAUCAACUCCGGACAAACUAAGGGCAAGCCUGCUGCUAGACGAAUUGAUCGUCACUCUCUCCCUCUCUCUGGCUCUCUGGGAGUGAGGGACAGCAGAGGACAAGGAAAUGGGAACAACUUUCACCACUGUCAAUUCUCAAAGGAAAAGGUAGCCAUCUUGCACACUCUGCAGAGGACCUUCAAGACUCCAUUUCCCUUUAGAACUGUCACCUUCGACCUUUGCUUUGUUACAUCAUCUGGAGAAACAUGUUGAAUAAUGAACGUAGGGGUUUUCUUAUUGGUCACAUUGUAACAUUUGUAUAGUUGUAUUUUCUUCUGGACUAAUUCACGACAUGAUGAUCUCAUCAUUGAAAGUGUACAUUGAAACCUGUGACAUUGAAACCUGUGUACAGCACUAAUAAAAAAGUAUAUCUGCUUGGUGUGGGUGUGGAUGCUAUCGGUUGACGUUAUCUGGAGUCAGCUGUAAGCAUAUAAUCCCCACCGUGUCCAAGAGAUUAACACCAAGAUAGCCAAAUCAAUGAUUAAUAGGCCUGCAUAAUAUCAGCCGCUGUUUAUUACAAUAUUGUCGUCACAGUUCCUAGACUUGUGCUUGUACUCAGCUGACAACUAUUGAGCAAAAGACUGAAGGAAUUCUCUGUGUGCAGAUCACAAUGAUAUAGUGUUUCUAACAGUCUUGUGAUACAGACACAUUUAACGCCUCCAGGAAAUGCCAUGAUCAAAAUAAGUAAACCCUCAAUAAGGUGGUCCGAUAUGAAGAGAAAGUGGACAUAUCUAUGUCAAUGUGUGAAAAUCUAUGCCAAUGUGUCUCCACCAAACAAACACCCAACUUUUCCAAAGCAGGUGUUGGUUGGUAUGGUUACAGUAGUCUGUUGUGCCUGCAAUGCACCACCCCUCAUAUCAGUUCUAGUUCUCUCUCUGCCAGGGUAAUAGCUCGGGUUCUCUCUGCCAGGGGAAUAGCUCGGGUUCUCUCUGCCAGGGUAAUAGCUCGGGUUCUCUCUGCCAGGGGAAUAGAGUAGAAAGGUUCAGCCCAGAUUAAACAGCUAAAAUCAAAUCAACUUCAAAUUUUAUUGGUCACAUACACAUAUUUAGCAGAUCUUAUUAGGGGUGUAGCAAAAUGCUUGUGUUCCUAGCUCCAACAGUGCAGCUCCAGUCAAUGUGGUGUGUAUGAGUGUGCUGUGUGUAGGCCUACUGUAUGAAAUCCAGACCUGGUUUCAAAUUCAUGUUUAUUUGAGUAUUUGUUAUUUAAAUACUUAUUUUCUGUAUAUUUGAGUAUUUUCAAAUAAUGUGGGUGACUCAAAAAGUUUUUUCAAAUACUUAUUUCAAAUACUAUUUUCAAAUACCUGGGUUAGAUGCAUGGUAGUAUAUUUGAGACCGUGUAUUUGAGUAUUUUCAAAUACUUUCCAAUAUUCAACAACUUGUCUUUAAAAAAAUUUUUUAUAUCUAAAUACUUACUUCCAAAUGUCUUUAAAAGUAAGUGAAAUACCCUAAAUAGUACGUCAACCCAGGUCUGAUGAAAUAUCAUAUUAAACCAUCCAUGUAAAAUAGUUGAUUAUGAGGAACAGGACAAAUAUGACUAUUUUCUUCCAGAUAUUCUCUCCAGUGGGGUUUUUAAUGAUUAGUAUGUGUUUUUCAAACUAUUCAUAUCUUAUUUAUUAACCUCUGUACGUCAAUGGGAGACAAAGGGAUCUAGAUAGAAAUAAAUAAAUGACUUUGUACCUUAA